AUUUGGUGGGUGCUCCUUUUGUGCAUUAACCAGAUGUUGAAGGGUCAUGAUGGAGCACAGGUUGAUAUAAUUGAUAGGCUACCCACACCAUUUGGCCUAGUUCGUUCUGGAGUAGCUCCAGAUCAUCCAGAAACAAAGAUUGUGGUGAAUCAAUUUUCUCGUGUAGCUGCAAAUGGGCGCUGUUCAUUCUUUGGGAAUGUAACUCUGGGAAGGGAUAUAUCUUUGUCAGAGCUUCGCAAAACAUAUCAUGCUGUUGUUCUUGCUUAUGGUGCAGAAAGUGAUAGGUCACUUGGAAUUCCUGGAGAGGACCUGAAGGGAAUUCAUUCAGCUCGAGAGUUUGUCUGGUGGUACAAUGGACAUCCAGACAUGUGCGACUUCUGUCCAGAUUUAAAAAACACAGAAUCUGCUGUUGUCCUUGGACAGGGAAAUGUUGCUCUGGAUGUUGCUCGUAUUCUUUUACGCUGUAAAGCUGAGUUGGCUACUACAGACAUUACUGAUUAUGCAUUGGAUGCUCUACGUGGCAGCACGAUAAGGAAGGUAUAUUUGGUUGGGCGACGGGGUCCAGUACAGGCAGCUUGCACAGCAAAGGAGCUGCGUGAAAUUUUAGGUUUGAAAAAUGUCCGUAUUUGCAUCAAGGCAGCUGAUCUCGUGACCACACCUGCGGACGAGGAGGAGAUGAGGAAUAGUAGAAUACAAAGAAGAGUUUAUGAAUUGUUGUCGAAAACUGCGCAUGGGGGCAACAAUUACAAUGGCCAAAAGGAGCUUCAUUUUGUGUUUUUCAGGAAACCUAUCAGGUUCAUCCCUGCAGAAAAUGGUUCCACGGUUGGUGCUGUUCAACUUGAGAAGACAGUAUUAAAAGGUGAUGAAGUAACUGGGAAGCAGGUCGCUGCUGGAACUGGUGAGUUUGAAGACCUAAAAUGUGGGAGUUGUGCCAAAUUUAAGAGGAAGAGUCCUGAGCAGCGAAUCAGAGAUUGCGACAGUAGAAAGAGGCCUGUAUGUGGUAGGAUGGUUAAAGAGAGGACCAACUGGGAUUGUUGCAACAAAUCUCCACUGUGCUGAAGAAACAGUGGCUAGCAUCCUUGAAGAUGAUAAGAAGGGUGUAUUAAGGCCCCCAUCUGAUUCGACAAAGCAUGGAAGGGCAGGACUCCUUGAGAUCCUAGAGCAAAAGAAUGUCCGCUUUGUGCCAUUCAGUGGCUAGGAGUAGAGAUGGCAAUGGGUACCCGAAACCCGAAUACCCGACGGGUUUUACCCGAUAUGAAGGCGGGUACGGGAUGAUUUCUCUACCCGUGGUUAUGUUAAUGGGUAAAAACCUCUACCCGUUGGGUAGACGGGUACGGGUACGGGUUGGAACUACCCAUACCGUCUACCCAUGGGUAAAAUAUACCCGCAUCAAUACAACUAUAACCAUCUAAUAGAGCCCAUCUUAGCUAAAAUAAAACCCUUCUCUAGCUAUCAUUUAUCUAGAUACCAAGUUAUGUAAUCAUAUGAUUUGUUAUAUAUGAAGUCGAAGUUGUUUUUA